GGUCAGCUGCCGCUGCUGAUCACUCUGCCGCUCCCCUGCUGCCCCCACGCCCCGCACUCUUGCUGGCCCCUCCAUCCCGGCUCCGCUCCCAGCGGCACACGGGAACCCUCGCCCCUUCACAAGCAGACACUCUCCGGAAAGUUCCAGAGCUGCGCCAUGGCCGAGGAGGAGAGCAAAAGCACUGUGGAAGAUGGAGGUGUAAGGAAGGAGAAGUCGGAGGAGGGAAAGGCGCCGGCGGAGGGCAACGGGGACCCCCUGCAGGGUGCUGCGGCAGGCAAGGAGAACGGAGAGCUGCAGGUGGACGCCGAGCUGUUGCCCUUCGAGAUCGUCAGAGGGGACAGGUUGGCAUCCUUCCUCUUCAAAUUCCAGUUCAAGAAUGUGGAGUACUCAUCGGGGCGCAACAAAACCCUCCUGUGCUUCCUGGUGGACUCCCAGAAGGGUUACCUGGAGGAUGAGCUCCAGAGGGGCUACCUGGAAGACGAGCACCUGGGCGCCCACGCCGAGGAGGCCUUCUUCCAGCAGGUGCUGCCCGAAUACGACCCCGGCCGGCGCUACCAGGUCACCUGGUACGUGUCGUCCAGCCCGUGCGCCGCCUGCGCCGCCAAGCUCGCCGAGAUCCUGCGGGCCCGUCCCACGCUGCGCCUCACCAUCUUCUCGGCCCGCCUCUUCAUGUGGGAGGAGCCCGAGAUCCAGGAGGGACUCAAGGCCCUGGCGGCCGCCGGCUGCAAGCUACGCGUGAUGAAGCCCGUGGACUUCUCCUACACCUGGGACACCUUCGUGGAGAACGAGGACCAGACCUUCAGCCCCUGGGAGGACUGUCAGGAGAAUUACGAGUACUACCAGGAGAAGCUCGCCGGCAUCCUGCAGUAGAAACCUCGAUUUUAAACCUCGAUUUCAAACCGCUGCGGUCCGUGGCGCGGUGCAUGUUUGGGAUCGCAGUAAACAGCUAGUUCGUAGUAAAACACAUGAGGAGAAGGUCGAUAGAGGGAGGGACAAGGAAGCAGAACAUAAAUAUAUGGAAGUGACUAUAAGAGUGAAUAUCACUACUGGCAAUGUGAAGAGAUAUGAAGCAAUAGGUUUACACAGUACAAUAACAAUAGCAAUAAUAAUAAGAAUACUAACAAUAAAAUUAAAUAGUUAAGAGUGGACAGGUAGAGUAGAUGUAGCGGCACAAUUCUUCUUAAGAUGAAAGGCAGCUAUCCCUGCAGCCCUCAAACUCCCAGAGCAAACGUUGCCAUGUUGCCAUGGAGACGAGGCUGCAGUCCCCGGUUAGUCCAACGCAAUGUCAAUGUGUACAGUAAACCCCAUUGACAGCUGUAACCGAUGUUUACUUUAACCUCUUGCAUCAUGACUUAGGACUGAAAUGAAUAUUUUCUUUUUCUACUUUUUUAAAAGGAAAACACAGCCAAGACCUGAAAAAGAAAGGCAUUAAGAUUUGUUAAAUCUGUUAAAUGCAAGAUCUGACGCAUAACCAUAGCAAAGUGAUGUAAAAUAAUAAUGUACUAAAGGGGAUUUGUCCAUAAUUUGAUUACUGUUGACACUCAAAACACUACUGGGCUAAAAACAGCCCAGUUUGGUUUAUUUUGUACAUGGGUAAAUACUGCAUUAAACACUGUGUUCUCACCCAGUUUGGUUUAAAUUGGUCAUUUUGAGUUUUGCAGAAUGUGGUGCAUUUAUUUUUAUUCAUUUUUCACGGCCCUCUGGUGAAAAGAGGAAAUGGAGGUGGGGUUUGAGUUCAACCGCAGACACCAUCCUCUAAUUUUAUUCAUAUAACUGAUGCUUUUCUCCAAAGCAACUCACAGUGAUUUACCCCUUUAUACAUCUGGGUAAGCGCCUUACUCCACGGAGGUGAGAUUUGAACCUCCAGAGGUAGCAGUGCUAACCAUUAUGCCCCCUAUUGUCUCUGC